AUGCAAUUAGUAUUAGCAGGUAAAUAUAUCGGAGCUGGAUUAGCUUCAAUCGGAUUAGUAGGAGCCGGAAUCGGAAUCGCUAUCGUUUUCGCAGCAUUAAUCAAUGGUGUAAGUAGAAACCCAGCCUUAAAAGGACAAUUAUUCACUUACUCAAUCUUAGGUUUCGCUUUAUCAGAGGCAACAGGAUUAUUCGCUUUAAUGAUCGCUUUCUUAUUAUUAUACGCUGUAUAA